AGAUGUCAGCAUAUGCGUUAUCCAAGACGUACUUUGUCGACACCCCUAUUUUCCCGUAGAACUUGAACUGCUCUGCAUAAUUAAGAAGGUGCAUGGUUCAUUUGAAAAGUGAAUCCCAAAGCGCCACAAAAACUUUUAAGGAAUUUUCUUCAACUGAGCUGAGAACGAUUUUUUGCAGAUAAGAUACUUAAAUUCCUCUCUUCUUCUCACAUCUUCUGCCGAUAAAGCUUUUUUUUUCUGUUUCCCCGUGAUAUUCGUGCCAAAGAAAAUUGGGGAAGAAUAAAGGAACAAUUGAACAGAGAACGUCUAUCAGAAAACUUCUGAGAAGAGGAAAAAGAAGCUAAAAGGAAAAGAAAAAAAUGUUCAUAUCAUCAACAACUAAUUGGGGGAAACGAAUAGAUGUGAUAGAUGCUUGAUAAGUUAAUUAUAAUUCUCUUUCAUUACUCGAGGACUAUAAAAGGAUUACUUUUCAAGUAAUAGGGUCAUGUAAAUAGCUGUUGAUGAGAUAAGAAAAAUGUUGAAGUUCGUCGUGAACGGCAAAAAUAGACAAAAGAGGUCACCUUCAACGUCAUCGGAUAAGCCUAAAGUUUGCACUCUGCAAGCACAUAUAGAUGCUGUCUCCCUACCAAUUGAGUUGUCGCGGGAAUCGGAUAACGAUACAGAAUUUGAAUUAUUGAUAACCCGGGAUGAAAUUCGUGAUAUAACACAAGUCGGCGUUGAAAAGUGCGACGACGGCAGGAAAACCCCUUCACAAGAUUCCGAUAUAGAAAGUUUUAAGAGCGAAGCAGACAAAUCAGACGAAAAAGAAUGCAAAGGAGCGGACUCCAGUUCGGGAAUAGCUUCGGCUUCGAGUCCUGAUGAAGCUGUUACUGAAAGACCGAGUAGAUGGCGCCAUCAAACGUCUGACGUCGUACGAAAUUAUGUUGCAUCUCAAUUAUACUGUUCACCUGUUUAUCAUUUGCCCGAUUUUCUGCUUGUAAAGAUAUUUUCAUAUCUCGAUGCUCAUGAGAUAAGUAAAUGCGCCUCUGUCUCUAGAGCUUGGUACUCAGCAGCCUGGGAUCCGUCUUUAUGGCGUCAUAUUUCCUUAAAACAUAAUGAUAUUGAUGCAGAUUACGCAAUUAAAGCUCUCACAAAAAGACUGUCGUAUGACACACCAACAAUUUGUGUUAGUGUGGAAUCUCUAGAUUUAAGCAACACCAGAUUAUCUGACAAUGGCUUAAGGAUUAUUGGUAGAAGAUGUCCUGAGCUAAGGUCGCUAGUCAUUCGUAAAUGUUCGGCUGUAACCAAUGUUGGAAUUUGUGAAAUUGUAUCUCGUUGUGUCAACCUUAAUCAAUUAGACGCUUCAGGUUGUCCGAAUGUCUCUUGCCUUUGUCUAUCUCCUUCCGCGUCGGCCCAUCUGCCAGCUCACGCUAAAAGAGUUUAUGUUCGAAAUUUAGAUUUAAGUGAGUGCUCGGCCCUGGAAGACACAGGACUGCAUUUAAUCGCUUCAUACUGCAAUCAAUUACAGUAUGUCUAUCUAAGAAAAUGUAUUAGAAUAACAGACAUUGGACUUCAAUAUCUUGCUUCAUUAUGUUCCAACAUUAAGGAAUUAUCCGUCAGUGAUUGUCCCUCUAUUGGCGAUGCGGGAAUUUGUCAAACUGCUGAGAGACUACAAUCAAGCCUAAGAUAUUUGUCAAUAGCAAAAUGUGAGAAUAUAACGGACACUAGCCUUAUUUCAUUAGCAAAAUACUGCAAAAGACUCAGGUAUUUAAAUGCACGAUCGUGCGCAAUAACGGACCGGGGAUUAUCGGUGCUCUGUAGGUCUUUGGGACCGAGAUUAAAAUCACUGGACGUUGGAAAAACCGCCGUAAGCGAUCUUGGCGUUUGUUGCUUGGCCGAAAAUUGCACACAAGUCAGGAAACUAAGCCUAAAAUCUUCAAAAACCGUUACGGAUCAAGGGAUAGUCUCCUUGGCGAAGACAUGCGUAUACCUACAUCAUUUAAAUAUACAUGAUUGCCAUCUAUUGACAUGGAGAUCAUAUCGUGCUAUAAAAAGAUCUUGUAAGCGAUGUGUUAUUGAACAUUCAAAUCCAACUUUUUUCUGAAUAUUUGUUUAAAAAUUUUUAUUUUUUUCUGACAGAAAUACAAUUGUACAGAUUCUUUAUUCAAUCUACAACAUAUUUUCC